GGUAAUAGUGGUGCUCAAGCAGAUGGCGAUAGAGAACAAGAUAGAUAUCUCCCUAUUGCAAAUAUAAUUAGAAUUAUGAAAAAGGCACUUCCCAACAAUGCCAAAGUUGCUAAAGAUGCCAAAGAAACUGUUCAAGACUGUGUAUCCGAAUUUAUUAGUUUUAUUACAAGCGAAGCGAGUGAUAAAUGCCAACAAGAAAAGAGAAAAACUAUAAACGGUGAAGAUAUCAUAGCUGCAAUGACAAGCUUGGGUUUUGAAAACUAUGUCGAACCUUUAAGAAUCUAUUUAGCAAAAUAUAGAGAA